UGCUCACUGCAGGCUAAAUUCCAGCCCCCCUCAGCCAGUGCUCCAGGCUUUUCUGUCCCCUCUAACCCAGCUGUGCCAAUUUUGCCACACGCAGCAGAGCUAAGCAGCAAAGGCACAGCACAUUUUCUAAGUGGAUAAAUGCAUUAAACAGCCAAGUGUCUGUCCUGUUACUGAGACCAUCAUGACCCUCUGUGUGCUGCGGGGUCGCUCAUGGGUUUGAGAUCGGCCCUGUAGCACUGGCCCACUGCAGCAUGGGCUGACAUGCACACACAUUCCACAGCAAGACAGCCUCUCUCAAGGUUUGGGUCACAGUGGCAGGGCUCUGUGCCACUCUGGUCACCUGCACACAGCCACUCUGGAAGGCAGCUAGGGACCCAGACUGGGUAAAGGAUGGGGGUCGUGUCCAUCACAUGCGUGGGCUGGUCAUGCCAGUCCUCCACCAUCUCCUAGGCUUGUUUUCCAUCCCACAACCUGCCAAAAUCUAAAGCACAGCCACAUCUCUGCCCUGCCCAGGAAGUCCCGGGGCAAUGUCAGCAUCAUUAAAUGCUUACAGACGUUGAUGUGCCUCUUGCAGAGGUCAGGUGGAAGCGGGAGGUGUGGCAGGGUGGUGAGGAAAACCUGUAGAUCAUGUCAGGAAGAAACACAUCUUGUGACGCCUUGACCGCCCACUUGAAGCACAGGGACAAUCAUCCCCAAACUGAGCAGCACCGGGCAGCCUCACUUCAGAGACACACCCGGCUCUGCAACUCCCAGCCACAGCUUCUCCAGUUCCCCUGCCACCAGCACCCCGUGGGACAUGGCUGCCCGGAGAGUAGCCAUCAUCGGUGCCGGUGCCUCUGGCCUGUGCGCCCUGAAAUGCUGCCUGGAGGAGGGGCUGGAGCCCACCUGCUUUGAGAGGAGCAAGGACAUCGGGGGGCUGUGGCGCUUUGAGGAGCGCCCCGAGGACGGCCGUGCCAGCAUCUACCGCUCCGUCAUCAUCAACACCUCCAAGGAGAUGAUGUGCUUCAGCGACUUCCCCAUCCCUGACGACUUCCCCAACUACAUGCACAACUCCAAGAUCAUGGAGUACUUCCGCAUGUACGCCCAGCACUUCGACCUGCUCCGCCACAUCCGCUUCAGGACCAGCGUGUGCCGCGUGUCCAAGCGUCCCGACUUCGCCAGCAGCGGCCAGUGGGAGGUGGUGACGGAGAGCCAGGGGAAGCAGGAGGCAGCCGUCUUUGACGCCGUGCUGGUGUGCAGUGGGCACCACACCGACGCACAUCUCCCGCUCAGUUCCUUCCCAGGGCUGGAAAAGUUUGAGGGCUGCCAUCUGCACAGCCGGGACUACAAGAGCCCUCAGCCCUUCAUGGAAAAACAGGUGGUCGUGGUUGGCGUUGGGAAUUCAGGCAUCGAUAUUGCAGUGGAGCUGAGCCACACAGCCAAGCAGGUUUUCCUCAGCACCAGGCACGGGUCCUGGGUGCUGCACCGGGUAGCAGAGAGCGGGUACCCCUUUGAUUUCUGCUACAUCAGCCGCUUCACACAGCUCCUCCAGAACCUGCUGCCCCUGAGUAUCAUCAGUUUCUUCCUGGAGCGGAAGCUGAACGCCCGCUUUGACCACACUCUCUAUGGCCUAAAGCCCAAGCACCGGUGA